AUGCUGAGGCUCACCUCAACAGUUGCUCGUCGCCAGAGCAUCCAAAAGAACGUUUACAAGCUGGGAAUACGUGCGUUUAAUGGGUCUCGAGCUCGUCCAGCAAUCAUGAUGCCAGCGAUGUCACCACUCUGCAAUGAGGCCACUAUUACUCGGUGGAUGAAGAAAGAGGGGGAAUCAUUUGUUGCUGGUGACUCCCUUCUCCAAAUUGAAUCCGAUGUAGCCGUGGUAGACGUUGUCGCCGAGAGUCCAGGUAUCAUAGGAAAGAUACUUAUACCAGCUGGGACACGUUGCGCAUAUCAACAAGUGAUUGCCACUGUGGCGAAAAAUGCUGAGGAACUGGCGCAGCUCCGAGCUCAAGGUCAAGCGCCGCCUCCUCCGCCAGCGACCUUUGUCUCUCCUAGUGCUUUUCCAAGAGCCUCUGCACCUCCUGUGUACUCGCCUGCUCCUCGCCGCUCGUCCACGCCGGCAGCUCAUUUCGAACGGUCACCUUCUCCUUUGACGAAUUCAGUGAUUCAUCGCUCGUCUGCGGAUACCCACCAUCACCAUACCGCCACUUCACGUGGUAUGUCGACUGGUCAUGGCUAUCAAAGCGGUCGCUCCGCACCAACUCCCAUUCCUACAUCAACCCCUUCCUCAUCUCAGGUCGAAGGAGCAGCCCUUCGUCGUAAGAUCGUUUCUAGCAUAGGGAAGGUGUCCACCACUAAAUCUUUGGACCGGGAAACAUCCAGCUAUUUUGACGGAAUUUUGUGA